GGGUGCCAGGUGGACUGGACUGCGGCGCCCGGAGGCCCGGCCGUGCCCAGGCGGCUGUCACAGGACAGGGACGCGCCCUGGGAGGGCUCACUGCGCCUGUCCCGCAGCGCGAGCGACGGUCCUCUGCAGCCCCCCAGCCCUGCGCGGAGCAGCGACGGCUUUUCAGGAGUCUCGGGCUCAGAAUCCAGGAAGGCGUGGUGCCCGGGGAGGGGCCCGCCGCCGGAGAACCCAAGGCCAGGAGCCUCGGUGGCGCCAGCUCCCAGUGCACGCUCCUCUCAGCGACAGGCAGUCGCUUCUCCGUUCCCGAUGCUCUUGAUCCUCCUGGAGCCUCAGCCGUAACCAUGGUGACGCGGGUCGAGGUGGGCUCCAUACCGUCCUUGACGGCAGUGCCGGGCCUCGGGGACAUGGGCAAGGAGGAGGCCCUGAAGAGGACUUACUUCUGCCCCGCGGGGGACGCCCCUGGGCCGCCCUCAGCCCGGAUCUUGGAGGGCAAGAGCCCCCUGCGGAGCCCGGGCGGCCUCUUCCCCGCGCCCAGGCUCGCCCCGCGGCCCUUCUCCAAGGACCAGGCCCCCGACGGGAAGGCCCCCAGCUCGGCCCUGUGGCCUGGGCCCACCCGGCCGGGUCCCGCUGGGCCUUGUGACCUGGACAGGAGGAUGCCCAGCCUGGGGGGGCAGGGGGUGGGUGGUGGAGUGGCCUCGGGGACAGGCCCGUCCCCGCUCAGCAAGGCUGCCUGCCCACGGCCCGGCCCUGGCACCGCGCUUCUCUUUGAAGCCACCAGAACUGGUCCCACCCUGGGGAAGGGGCUCAGCAAGGACACGGUGGCCGUGACCCCCGAGUCUCCUCCCAGCUCCCGGCCUGAGGUGGCCGCCAAGCCUGCCCGGAAGCCCCCAGGGGCCCUUCCCCGGCCGGCGUCACUGCCACAGGACACGCGACCAGCCGUCCCCCAAGAGGAGGCCACCCAUGACCAGUCGGUCCCAGAGGGCGGCGAGGAGGACCCCACAGGUCCCCCAGCAGAAUCCAGGCCUCGCCCCAAGAGAAGGCCCGUCUCGGCCAUGUUCCUGGAGCCCGCUCAGCCCCAGAAGCCCGGCCCAGGCGCAGGGGCCACGUCGGGGAAGGUGGCCCCGGCCCCGCCCGAGAAGACCUGGGUGAGGAAGCCCCGGCCCAUGUCCGUGGACCUCACGGCCCCGUUCCAGAACAAGGAAGCCCUGCCGAGGAAGGGGACCCGUGAGGGGCCGCAGGGGACAGACAGGGCCAACCCGGAGCCUCGGUUGGACAGGGGGUGGCCUGCCAGAGCCGAGGGUCCCCCUGGGGACCCAGAUGCAGACUUCCUGGAGGUGGCCAAGAAGAUCCGUGAACGGAAGAAGAGGCUUCUCAGGCAGGAAGAGACGGGCAGCCCCAGGAGCCCAGGGGACCCGGCCAGGGCGGGCCCUGGACAUGACCCACGUCCCCAGCAGGAGAAAGCCAGCCUGGGCCAGGAGCCAGAGAAGAAGCCCUUGUCCCCGCUGCCCAGGUCAGCGAGGGGCCCGGAGCUCGCGGAGGCCCACAGCAGAGGGGGCGACAGGGAGGCCGCAGCGGGGACGGCGGGGCCCUCCAGGGGCUGCGUCAAGAAGCGCCUGAGCCUGUUCGGGGAAGAGAGCCCCCCGGGCCCCGCAGCAGCACGCGAGUCCCCACCGGCCACCCCUCAGUCCCCACCCACAGUGCCACCGCCCCAGAAGGGGGGCGUGAGUGUCCAGGAGCGGAUCAAAGGCUGGACCGCGGAAGGCUCCAGGGGGAGGCCCGAGCUCAGGAGGAGGACGCUCCCGUCGUCGCGGCCGCUGUCGGCAGAUCUGACCAGACUGUUUUCAAGUUCAGCCUCCAGUAGCGACAUCAGGUGUGAGAAGACUGCUGUGCCCAGCCCCAAGCGUCCUGAGGAGCCCACGGCCGAGCAGAAGGAAGGACAGAGUCUGAAUGGACGGACUUCCCCAAGGACCCUCUGGAAGCCUGAGGUCCCCCAGAAGAAGGGCAGGCAGCCUGCAGGCCAGGACGGCGCUGACCAGGUCCCCAGCCGCUGUCGGGGUGGCGGCUCCUCCGGGGCUCCAGGCUCCCCUGAGGCCACCCUGGAGGAGGAGGGCAGCUUCCAGAAGGUGUGGGCCACUGUGUUCGAGCACCACGUGGAGCGACACUUGGUGGCUGACCUGUCGGGACACCGCCUCUCGGCCACGCUCCCUCAUAACGGGGCGGAGCCGCCCGUCCCAGAGUCCAGACCCAGGCCCGAGAAAGGCCCUUGGCCGGCAGUGACGGUCCCCAGGAAGGAGAACCCCAGGAGCCCCGAGAGCGCUGAGCCACGGAGGCUGGGACGAGGCUCCCUGGCCGAUGGGGAGCCGAGACCGGGCCACACACCCGUCCUGGAAAAAUACCCUUUUGGUGACAAACGCACCAACAGCCCUGUCCAGAGGCCCUCGGAAGCCCCCCCGGCGUGGCCCAGAGUGGAGCCCAGGUACGACGUGGUGCUCGCCGUCGGGGAGCGCGCCCACAGCGAGGCUGUCCCCCUCGUGCCCGAGGCCAAGGCUGUCACACUGCGAAGCAGCCGGACCCAGCCCUUGCCCAAGGACCGGCAGCUGUCCCAGGAGGCCACCUCCUCUGACCUGGAGCGCAGCCCGCACGGGCCCCAGGGGUGUGUCCAGAGGGCCAGUCUGAUGUGGGAAGCUCAGGGGCAGGAGGCCAGCUGGAGGCCUGUCUGUCGGGAGCCCAAGGACAUGCCUGGAGGCAGCUGCCCGUCGCCCCGAUGGACCGGUGGGACGGUGGCGAAUCUGCAUAGAGCCACUGUGGGGGUCAGCCCAGCGCCCUGUGCUCCUGAGGCCACUUCUUCCAGCACUGUCCAGGCUUCGGUCCGGGAGGCCCAACCCCGGGGCCCUGGGGGGGUCGGUGUGUUGGUGGCAGGAGAGGUUCCCUCCCAGGGGGACCUCCGGGGUCCUCCGGCCAGGACCUUGAGCUCCCCGGCACAGCCGUGCCCAGAGACGCAGCCUGUGCAGAAGGGGCCUCAGGUGGCUGCCAGCACGGGUGACCCAGGGCUGGCCCAGGUCCCCGAAGCCAAGGUGUGGAAAACCAGUCCCACUACCCGGAGGGUGGACCGGUGGAGGCGGCGGACUUUACCCCACUACGUGAAAUUCGAUGACUUCAGCUUCCUGGGCCCCGAGACCACUGCGAGAGCAGAGCAGAGGCGAGCCGACUCCCUGGGCCCCACGGCCAGUGCCUUCCAGAACCCCCCCACCCCACCCGCCCGGGAGACCCAGGAGGAGGCCCCAGGGCCCUCAAGGACCUCCCCAGCAGUGAAGCCAGCGUCAUCCGUGGAGCCCAGGGUGACGUUUUUUGCAGUAACAUAUCAGAUUCCUGAUAUUCAAAAGACAAAAAGUGUCAUUAAGCUCGGGCCUGAGAACUCACUGGAACAUUCUAGAAAAACGGCCCCGCCCCCCUCAUCCCACCCUCUCACAUCUGCUUCGGUUUCUCCCAACCACGGGGAGCCACAGGCGACUGCGGCCAGGAGAAGCUGGGCUCAGGGACCAGAGGGUGUCAAGGGGACCGAUGUCUCCAGGGCCCCGAAGCCCACAGACCGCCCUUUGCCCCCUGGGGACGGGACUCCAGACCCUUCCCGCGAAAGGAUCAUCGACGUGGACGCUUUAUCGACUCCGCGGGGGUCAGGAGAUGACGGGGGUCUUCAGAGCAGCUGGAAGGACUGUGGAAACAAGGUGUCCCCAACUACCCCGGCCCUGCGGAGUCGGCCAAAGGCCAGCGGCCUGCUGGUCAGAAGGAGGACCGAAGUGGUCAGCGAGACGUACCCAGGGAAAAUGAGGGACGGCUACAGACCCGGCGUCCUCGACAUCGACGCCCUGAUGGCCCAGUACCAGGGGCACUGCUCCCAAGGCCCAGGCGAGGCCCAGGAGCGCAGGGGCAGCCCCACCACGGAGCCCAGCAGCUCGCCCCUCGAGAGGCCCGGCCGGCUGGGGAGGCAGGAGCUGGGCAGCGGGAGUCCCCAGGAGGCUGCGGGGGUCUGGAAGCGAGCCAGCCUGGCCGAACCCCUUCACACGUCCAGCCCCAGCUCCCCCAGGCCGCCAGCAGAGACCCCAGGGCCAGCCCCGGCCACCAAGCCUAGCUCCCCUCUGUGGGCUCGGCCACUCUCCACUCCCGCCGAGCAAUGUCCUGCGGCCUCUCCUGUCCCUGAAGGUCCCAGGCACAGAGUCUCGGGGGUCACCGAGAAUGAAAGCAGGGCCUCCGGCAGCCAGCUCGGGGCCGAGUGUCAGCACUGCCCUGUCGAGCGCAGGCCCCCUGCCCCCGAGGACCCGGCCGGGGGGGUGAGGGGAUCACCCAGAUCACCCACCAAUGACCACAAGAACAGGACUCCCAGGAAGUCCACUGGGGAGGGCGAGGAGGCCCCGGGGGGCGGCCCCCCACAGCCCUGUGGAAGGGUGGUGCCAGAUGUCAAGAGGUCCUGCUCCGAGAAGGGCCCCCGUGCCAGGACCCAGGAGGCUCUGUCCAUCAUGCAGGAAGCCAGAGAGAGGAGGCCAGAGCUACCCAGGGGGAGGCUCAGCCUCCCCGUGGAGAGUUCAGAAGCCAAAGCAGGACCGCGGAGGUGGGAGCCGAGGACUCAGGACAGCCACAAGGUGCCAUCGCGGGGCCUGGAGCCAGGGGAUGUCCUUCAGGAUAAUGAACAGCCACUUCGACAGGGAUCCCCUGUGGCCUCGGGACCUCAGAGAAGUCACAGCUUUUGCAAGGACAAGAGGAAUGGGCCUUUGGUGGACCACCUGAAGCAGUGCUUCUCCAGGCGACCCCCUGAGGCCAAGGACACAGACACCCUGGUGCACGAAGCCGAUGGCCAGUAUGGGACAUGGGCAGACCAGCGCCAGAGUGGGGACAGCUUGGCCCCCGAGUCACCGUCUCCGGACAGCAGCACCCCGUCAGCGCGGAGACAGCCCCUCAGUGGCCGCUUGUCCUCUCUGUCCUCGCAAACGGAGCCCGCCUCGGCCGCCGACCAGCGGAGCACCAGCGUGGACCGCUCCAGCUCCGAGCUGGAGUCCACCGACGGGGYGGACGGGCUGCCCCCACCGGAGCCCUGCGCAGCUGGCAGAGCGGACGACUUCUCCUUCAUCGACCAAACCUCAGUCCUCGACUCCAGUGCCCUCAAGACCCGGGUGCAGCUCAGCAAAAGAAGCCGCCGCCGGGCUCCUAUCUCCCACUCUCUCCGGCGUAGUCAAUUCAGCAAGUCAGAGAGCCAGUCUCCUUUGGAGGAAGAGAUUGAUAGCAUGUGGAUGUUCAAGGACUCAACAGAAGAGAAGUCACCCCGGAGGGAAGAGUCAGAUGAGGAGGAGAAGCCUCCUAGGGUGGAAAGAGCUCCCGCCAGCCUCCCUCAGAGGGUGCCCGUGUUCCCGGGCAUGGACCCAGCCGUCCUGAAGGCCCAGCUGCCCAGGAGGCCAGAGGUGGACAGUUCUGGAGAGACCCCYGGCUGGAGCCCCCAACCCAAAGCCCCCAAGUCCCCCUUCCAGCCUGGGGUGCUGGGUAGUCGCGUGCUGCCCUCCAGCAUGGACAAGGACGAGAGGUCAGAGGAGCCCUCCCCCCAGUGGCUGAAGGACCUCAAGUCCAAGAAGAGGCGGAGCCUGUAUGAGAACCAAGCUUGACCGGCAGGGGACACCGCCACAUCCAAUUAACAGAAGCCUUAAGUGCCAGACUGUCUGAACCCGCCGCUGAGGCCGAGCCUCCGUUCCUGCACCCCGCACACGUGCCUGGGCCCCUCCCGAGGCCCGAGACCACUGUCCAGAGCCCCAGGAUCCGGCCAGGAGGCCCGGCCUCCACAGCCCCGCUCAGCUCCCCAGACAGCACCGCUGCCUGGGACGAGGCCCGGCCAUGCAGAAAGGCCCAUGCCGCCGGGUCCUGCCUUUCCCUCAGAAGUUCACAUCUCGACCCUCUCCCGGAGCCGUGGACGCCGGGGCUGGACUGUCACCCUGGGUCCUGGGAAAGCCCCGCAUUGGGAAGGCACCUUGCUCCUCCCCAGGCAGGCCUUCUGGGAAGGAGGUUUUCCAGAGAGUUCCAGUGUCUGCUCCCUGCACAGCCUUGGUCCGGGCACCGCCACGAGGCCACAGUUCCUGGUGACUUCUCGACAGGCUCCUCCCCUGGAAGGAGGCCGCACUGGCAGAGUGCAGCCACCUUUCCCGUCCCUCCAAGGGUCUGUCCUUCCAGGAGCCGUGUGCAGGGCCGACCGCGUCAUCGUACGUCAUCUUUGUUUGCUUUAGAAAGUGAUAAAGCAAUAAUCCCGCCACUUUUCUUUGAAGCUCGAUAUGUCCAUGUUUGUAGAGGCCGGGAGGGGGGUCUGACGGCCAGCCGUGAAGUGCCACCACCUCAGGUUGUCCAAGCUYGGUGAAACGGUCAUUGUCACCCUGGUCCAGGUCUUCCUGGUUCCUUUCCGUCUGAUCCCUGGGGAGGCGGUGACCUUUGUCUCUGCAGCUGGGACAGCGGACGGCGCUGCCCUUGCCCCCAGACGUCGGGCCUGCGCUGGGCCUCCUUUCCCGGCCUGUUGUGAACCCUGCUGGCCUUCUGGGGAGAGGGACCGCCACUGCGAGCUGAGCUCAGGACACACAGGGUCCUGUCCUCCUAUCCCACCCCAUCCCACCCGCACCCAGCUCCACCCGCCCAGGGCCCUUCUUGGCCCAAGCGCUGAUCUCACUCCAAGUCCUUCCCURGAGGGGAGCCCCAGGCGGGGACUCUGGGCAGAAGUGCUGGGUGCUGGUGACACGGGGUCACCUCUCUUUCUUGCUAGCUAUAAGCGAAGCCUGGGGGCAGCCACAGUCUCUGGUGGCUCCUGACGCCUUCCUCGCCUCUCGCUCUCCCUGGGAGUACUCAGCACUGGCACCUCCUCUUGGGAAACCCAGGCGCCAGCAAGCACCCUGCACCCGCCCUGCCUGGAGUCGCCACCAGUCUUGUGCCACCUUUGCCUGGGAGAUGUCCUCGGUGACAUUCUGGGCUGUGCAGGACUGUGGAGGGCCCCAGCACCUGCUCCUUGGCUUCCCAAGUGGCGGCCAUCUCUGGGUAUCCCUUCUCUGCAGACGGUCAAGACCUGCUUCUCUUGUCUCUGGCUGGCCACGUCUCCACUGGCCCCAUCCCCACCUCCUGGUCUUCUCUGCCUUCACCACCUCGUAUCUCUCUGUCUGGGGGGACAGCAGCCCUCCGUCUCUCCAGGUUAGGACAAACACCCGUGCCCGGGGAGUGCCAUGUUCAGUACCAUGGACAGUGGCCACAGACCCCAGGGCACCCCACGCCAUCCCUGCCCCCUCCCAGCUUCUGCACCUGGGAGCCUCCUGUCUCCGUGUCUGGGACUUCGGACCUGCUGGGUGACACUUUGUAUUUCCUUCAUCCCUGAGUUAGUAGUUGGUGUCCUCUGCAGCCACCUGGGGACUCACUGCCUCUGGAAUAGCUUGAAUUGGUUUUCUUGAGGGUCUGUCUCAGUUUUCCAGCAGUUUUGAGGUGGUGGCUUUCCAAGUCAAGGGACACAUUCUUGAGUGUUUUGACGCUGACGUCUCAGUUUUUAUCUUUUCUUGUGAGUGAAAGGGCUUCUUGUUCCCUCUCAGGAGCAGGCACAGAGCAGAUCUUGAUAUACUGAUGCGACCACCAAGGGCACGUAACCACUGAGCAACACCCCCAGCC